AUGCGGUACUGUUUAUUGUUGCUUUUCGCCGUCAAUGCUCAUGCAGCCAAAUCGUCAAGACUUGACAAGCUGACCGAAAGUGCAAUGGAAAUUUUGGCAACAGCCACAUCAGGUACGACAGUUCGUCAAUGUUCAUGUGCCGAAGAUGCACAAUGUGUGAAGGUCAUGCAGGCUCAGGCUAAGGAUUGUGCAGAUCAUUGUUGGAGCGCAUUUUCUGAGAUCACCAGAAAUCCACAACAGCUUUACAGUUGUGUCUCAUCAAAAAUGCCAGUGGUUAGUACGUUCAUCCGUUGUAUAAGCAGUCACCUGAAAAGUUGUGUGAACACACCAACUGGUCCAAUGAUCCCAAAGGUUGAUCUACGUAUAAUGUUUGACAAUGGGGAGCAAAAGUUGCUCGCAAGUCGCGCCGAGAUCCUCAACAGUUUGGUUGGAGGCAGUAUGAGACCUAUCGCUGAAGCUGCUAUGAAAUUUGGUGGAUGUGUCAAGCAAUGUUUCGUGUACGAGAAAAAUUCUCAUGGUUUCUGUUAUGAUGGAAAGAGUUGUCAACCGCUGAUCACUCAAAAAAAUCUUCGAUUUGCGUUAAGGACGUGCCUAUCGCAAUCCAGUUGGAAGAAUCAUGCGUACGAUUUAUGCGAAUGCGCUAAACAUGCAGGAGUGGAGGGCCUAAACGACGUAUGCUCGCUACUGAAUGCUGUUCGAAACGGAUAG